AUGAUGCCAGAGUCCUCUCCCCUGGGAAAGUACCGCUUGUGCCCGAAUUCGACGGUAAAAUUCGCCUUCUUCGUCGGCAUCGCCCUGCAAGUGGCAACGCUGUGCCUCGGGAUCGCGAUGCUCAGUCUGGGCGGGUGGGUGACGGUCACGAAGUCGGCGGCGUCAGUCGCAUCUGACAGAUUUUCGCUAACUCGGGUUGAAGGACUUCUGCAAGACUGUUAUCCAGGAACCAAGCCUGGUGGGUCUCCUUUGUCUUGGGUCUUAUCUAUUUUCGAGCCGCAAACUAGCAGCAGUUGCUACACGAAGGACUUUGGCCAGUACGCAACUUCCGAUUCCUCUGCGUUCCAAAUAAAGAUAACAACGGCCGGAGCCGCAUUGGUGUCGCUGGGACUGCUUACCUGUCUGCUUGACCUCAUAAUCGGUCUUCAUCUGGCAUUCAUAUGGUGUCGAGCCCCCUAUGAUUCCUUCUUCAUGAGAACGUACCGUCUCUUUGUCGGAUUUUGCUCAGCUGUCACGUCAUGCUUGUUUAUCGCCACGUUGGUCGUUUUCCAUGUUGGACUUCGAUUGAGCAUCCAGCGUGGACCAUGGAACACUUUGGAGCAUACAUCUAUCGACCUCAACAACGGCUACUACGUGGCUUGGGCAUGCGUGGCGACCAGUGUUUUGGCCGCGUGGGCUACCGUCUCGUCGACGUGUUUUUGGGCAAUGGACUACGUCAACUGCCGCUCCGUCGCAGCCGCCUUCCAUCCAACUUGUUCCCAUCGAGCAUCUGCCCUGUCGAUGACCAAUGGCAUUCGCAGCUCUAUUUAUAGUUUAAACACCGAUGGCGUGUGGUCCAUACAGGACCCCCCAACGCUUCCGCGUUACUACACAAGCACGUUCGGCGAUGGAAGCGACAUCCGCAAUAAGGCUGUCGACGCCUCCACGGGUGAGAACGAGGGGAGCAAAAAGAGAACUGAAAAUGGAUACUUGUUUAUCAAUUUGAAAACCCCACAAGCUUCAAUCACUUCUGGUCCUCGUUUGCGUCUCCAGUCAAUUCCGAGCUUGUGGACAAUGGAGAAGGCUGUUGGGGAUAAUUCAGAAAAUGGCGCUCCUCUAUUGCAAGAUUCUUCCCUAAAAACCGCUGAGGAGGUGAGCAUGACCCACGAGAAGAAGGAUCUUCUUGAAGCAGCGCAGAUAGAUUCAACAGAAAGUAAACAGGCUCAAGCCGAACCGGCAGGUGGCAACCCCGCGGAGGAUGCAAGUAGUGACGCCCCACAUGUGGUAAAAGAGGAGUCAGAAGCGAAAAAUGCAGCAGAAGGGCCCGGUGGUGACGAGAAAAGCGCCUCUGAGGAGGGCCGACAGCAUCGGAUGCGAAAACAGGUCCAGCGUUUCUCCGAGACCCUGAGUAAGCGCUAUGAGGACGAGCAGGCUGCACGGGAAAAGGCUCAUGACGAGGUGGUUGCCCAGUGUGCCAGGGGUAGCGGCACUCCCCUUGGCGACAUCCCCCGCAUUGAGGCCUCCAUCCGCAAGUGGAAGCCCGUUGACCUCAAGACGCUCCACCUAGCCUGUUUUGGUCGCGCCGGUGCUGCCUCCGAGGUUCGGUCAAACUUGCGCAAGUUCUGUGGAUUCGCCUUUGACCGGGACUCCGAAGACUUCUCCAAACGCGAACAAGCACUGAGCAAGAAACCCGUGAAGGAAGUGCAGAAUGCCCUGCGACAGCUUAACCUCGAGGUGUCGGGCACCCGGGCACAGGUUGUUGCGCGCUUGCUCGACUUCCUCCUAAAGCCCUCCUCCGACAUGGUCAAGUACAAGGGCAAGUGUCCGCCGUCCAAAAGAAAAUCCACCUCUGGACGCAGGUCUCUCAAAAAGAAUGACAGCAAAAAAAACACCAAGAGUCCGUCAAAACCCAAAUCCGGUGCGUCUGGCAGUGAGGAGGACAAUCAAAGUGGGGGUUCCGAGGAAGCAGACCCAUCCGACGCGGAGGCAGAGGACGUGUCCGAGAAGUUGGCAUCCUCCGACGACGCCGAAUACGUCCCCGGCUCCAAUAAGAAGCGGAAAUCGUCAGUUCAUACCAAAUCCCCCCGGAGGAAGCGAAGGAAGGCAGCAGUCGUUGAGAGCAGCGACGAGGAAGGUGACGAGAAGGUGGAAAGCGACGAAGACGAGGAGGACGAAGUCCCGUUGGCAAAAAUGCUUCCCCCUGCUCCGGCCUUUCCUAGCGACGACGAGCUCAAGUCGAAAGUCGUAGAGUGGUUAAAAACAGCCAACCUCAACGAAACCUCCAUGAAAGCUGUGCGGAGUGCUAUUUCCGACCAGUACAAGGGUGUUGAUCUCUCCUCCAAGAAGCAGUUCAUAAAUGACGUCAUCAAAGAGACGUCCAGCGCGAUCCACCCCAAUGUGGCCUAUCAAACCGUGAAUGCAAAUGAGAAGCGACAACAGUGCUACCGGACCCUCGUGCUUUCCCCCUGGCUGUACAUUUCUCUUGCAGGAUUCAUUACUGCACUAACCGUUGGUGUCUACCUUUUCUCCCAGUCUAAGCUGACGCCAGUUGACAUCGAAAGGCUGGAGGUAGCCAAGUGCCCGGCCUGUUUUGGUCAGUCCGCUUGUCCGGCUUUUUUCCGGGGCGAUGUCCGACUGGCCACAUUUUACGGCAGUCGGCCAAUCCACGUCGCUGACCUUGAGAAGUCUGGAGACCUUAUGGCCGUCGACUUGGGGGUGUUCGAGAAAAAGCCAGCAGUCCUUCGUCGACUCCACUAUCCCGCCAGCUCCGAUGAUGUGGACGCCGCGGUCUGUCGUCGUCAGCGCACAGACGACCUGCCCAAAGGCGCUCCGCCACCGCGGUGUGUGCCGCGUCUGUCGAUUUGGCGCUGGAUGCCCACGUCAGGCGCCGGCACCGCAGACCCCAUCGACGCUGACCUCAUCCGCGGCGCGUCGUCCUUCGCGCACUGCGCCUCACCGCGUUUGUUGGCGCUCAUCCAGAAGAGGUACCGCGAGCGCUCGGGCAACCCCCACCUCCCAGCACAGGCUCGAUGGCUUCGUUUCGACGAGCUCACCCUCCUCUUCAAUCUCGCGAUCAACCCGCAUGCGGUCAUCGCUCGAACCUUCCCCCCAACCGAGGGGUGGCCGUUGCCCGCACAAGUGGGCGCGUGUGGCCGCGCAACCUUGGAGGAGGGACCUCUUAUCCCUCUCUCCCAUUUUGUCCACGCGCCUGUAAACCUGCGACUACAGAUCCUUAGAGGCCUAUUUCAACUGCCAGAUAGACUGGUCUCGAAUGGAAGCCUCACGGAAGCCGACAGUGCCGACUUUGCUCUCUAUCUCGGUGACUAUCGCUGGGACGUCUUCGGCGUCGACGUCCUCACGCACGACGUUCGUGUGAUUCAAGCUCGACACCUGCUGGCCGUCGAUCUACGCGAGGUGAGGACUUUUUCCUCUCCGCUGAAGUCGUCUGCACCGUUUGUCGCCAAGGCCGCGGACCCUCAAUCGUUGCUAAGUGGAAUCUGCGGCAACACCUCCAUGAGCGGUGACGUGGGUGAGCCUCUUCAGUGGCCCUGCUUGACGGUGGAACAGGCCGACGCCCUCUGCCGGAGCUCCUCGUCGUCUGACCACAACUACUGGGCUGUUUGUCUGACUGCGCUCUCCAAUGCAGGGGAACUACUGCGCGAUCUUCCUCCCGACCUUGUCUUCAGCCUUCGUGAGUGCAUCAAAGACGCUGAAAUGGGCGCCAGGAAGGCUCAUAUUGAAGCAGCUUUGGAGAUCAUUGACUUGGAACUUAAAAAUUGA